AUUGACCGACCGCUGCCACACGUUCUCCCUGUUUCGUGCGCGGUGACGCUAAAAUCAUGACUCGAUUUAGUUAUUCUGAGUAUUUAUCGCAAUUUAGAAAUGGUGAAAAUAGAGUUAAUUCGUCGUUGGGAAAAUCGCCAUGCAGUACUUUGAGAUGCGCGGGGAGAUGGCAAGACUGCACAGCGGAAGAGUCAAUAGAGGAUGUUGAUCCAGUGGUGUGUUCCAUUCGUAAAGGGGAUGUUACUGCUGUAAAUGAGCUGGCCGUGGCAUCUCCUCUCAGCCUGAUGAAAGGGAACCAUGAAGGAUGGAUACCUUUGCAUGAGGCAGCCUAUUGUGGCCAGGCUGAAUGCAUAAAGGCACUACUGAGAGCUCAGCCAGGCCUUGUUGACAAGCGCACGUUACAGGAGCAGACCGCUCUGUUGCUGGCUGUUUCCUGUGACCACCUGUCCUGUGUGCAGUGUCUCCUACAGGCAGGGGCAGACCCUGACAUCAGCAGCAAGAACAAGGACACCCCCCUGUACAAAGCGUGCGAAAGGGAGAACGUGGACAUGGUGAGCCUCCUGCUGUCGUUCGGAGCCACGGUGAACCAGCGGUGCAACCAGGGCUGGACGGCCCUCCACCAAGCAGCCUGCAGGAACAACACAGACAUCUGCGAGCUGCUGGUCAGAGCCGGAGCCACCGUCAACCCCCCCAACACCUACUGCAUCGCCCCACUCAUAGCAGCAGCUCAGCAGGGCCGGCUAGAGGGCCUGCAGUACCUCAUCAGACGAGGUGCUGAUGUCAACAUGCACACAUGCGACGGUGCCACAGCUCUGUGUGAGGCCAGUAAAAAUGGUCACAGGCAUGUCGUAGCAGCGCUGCUUUCCAGCAACGCCGACGCAAACAAGCCCACAAAGGCAGGACUGCUGCCCAUUCACAUCGCUGCCCGCUAUGGACACCACGAGAUCGUGUCUCUGCUCGUUCCAGUGACCAGCCGACCCCGGAUCCGUCACAGCGGCAUCACCCCCCUCCACCUGUCUGCUCAGCACAGCAGCGACCGGGUAACAGCCGUCCUGCUUAAAACAGGUGCGGACGUCAACGCCACGCUGUCCCCCAGCUACUCCACGCAGUAUGCCGAUCGCCGGGCCACCGCCCUGUACUUUGCUGUGGCCAGUGGGAGGACAGAGACAGCUGAGCUGUUGCUGAAAGCCGGGGCUAGUGUGCGUCUGGACCCGGUCAGCCCCCUGCUCCUGGCAGUCAGGCAGGGUUGUGUGCGGACGGUUGCUCUGCUGUUGGAGAGUGGGGCCGAUGUGAACGCCAGCACACCAGCCUUCCCCACUAGCUUCCCCAGCACCGUGGUGCUCUGUCAGAACAACUUACCUCUUCUCAAGUAUCUCCUGGACCGCGGUUGUAACGCCCAGGCCUGCUUCUCAUGUGCGCAUGGUAGCGGGCCCCAGCCGACCCCCCAUAACCCCCACUCAUACAUGGGAGGUGUCAACGUGGGGGUGCUGAACGACGACAUGCUGGCUUUGACCUGCACAGGGACGACUCCUGCCAGCAGAACACAGUUCUGUGAGUGGAUCUCUUCCUCGCCGGUGUGUGACGUGGCGGGGCCUGUCAUCGACUUGCUGCUGGACUACGUCAGUAAUGUUUCUCUGUGUGCCACACUCACUGAAGUACUAGACAGCCGGGAAGACUGGCAGUUGGUAAAGAGGAAGACAGUCUCACCCCGCCCGCUACUACACCUCUGUAGACUGGCUGUUCGUGGGCAGGUGGGCGUAGCCAGGCUUGGGUCUCUGAACACCCUACCUCUGCCUGGAAGAUUGAUCCACUACCUAAGUCUAACUACGGAUGGUUCUUUGGACAUCCUCUCGGACUCAUAACCCUGGUUUCAUGUUACAGACAUGAUUGAAGAUGACUGGUAUCCAGGCAAAAAUAUGGCUUCUUUUUUAAAUGUGUGCUGUUCCCUUUGGGUGAAAUGACAUAUAAUUAUUUGUCGAAAGUGUUAUUGUUUUUUAUUGUAUUAUUAUAUUCCAUAUCUCACCAUCCUUGUUUUCUCUGUAUGUGGUAUUGCACAGUUUUAUUAAAAGCACCCAAUGAAAUUAUGGUUCUGAGGUUAAAACUAUACAAUUUCAGUGAUAAAUACUACAGCUCUCCGACAACUUGUUUACAUGGAAGUCUUUAAAAGCUCUGGAUUAUUCUUGCUGAAAACAUCAAGCCAGGCCUCUUUAAUGCAGAGAGUUUUGCACCUGGCACACAUGUGCAUGUGCCAAGGGAUUUAGAUCAGAAGGUUUCUGUAAAUCUCCCUCAUAAUAAUUUGAAUGGUGAUGUGAAUGGUCUGGAGCCAAAG